UUAUUGAUAAUAAAAAUCGAAAUUUGAAUUUUUAUGUCGUAAGAGUAAUUUUUGUAGUUUUUCUUUAAUUUGAUACCGGUUAAGGAUCGAAAACAAGAAUAUUAAUUGGUCUUCCUCUUACUCGUACGAUGUUCUAAACAAUCAACAACAAUGAGCGUUAUUUUCAACAGAAUAUUCAUUCAUGCGGGUAAAGCUUUAGCUUAUCAGUCGAUGAGAAGCCGUUCAAUUUUACCCAAACUCAAUGGAAACUUCAUCGCGCAAUCAACGCUGGUUUCUGUAAAUUCGAACAGCUCAGAUUCAUAUUCGAAUGAUGAUUCGAUGCUAGACGAUGUAUUUCACCCGCAACAAAAUUCUCCGUUGUCAGUUCUCGAAGAGGUAGAACCCGACAAAUUGCCAGAUUUGUCUCACAUCGCUCCCGAGCUAAGACCAAGUUUCAACUUUGCGUAUUUCGCUAAUAAAAGCGAAGUUAUUCAACAACUGAUCGACUUGGGUGUAGAUUUUCACAAAAUAGAAUCAAGGAAAAAAAUACCCACGUUUCUAUUGCAAUUGGAUUUCGAGAAAGAUGUUAAACCUUAUAUUUCGUUUCUUUUUCAAAAUGGAGUACCUGCUGAUCAACUUGGACGAGUGUUUACAAAAAAUCCAUUCUUGUUGGAAGAAAGUUUAGACGAUUUGGAAGUACGAAUAAAUUAUUUCAAAUCGAAGAAAUUCACACCGGAGAUGAUAACACGUCUUAUUACAACGAAUCCCAGAUGGCUUAGUCAUACAACGCAACAAAUAGACACGUUAUUGGGCAAUUUUCAAAAAGAACUUUGGUUAACAGGAGAUGAAAUUCGUGCUGUUGUGUGUAGAUGUCCUGAUUUGAUACAUCUUCGUAAAGAAAAAUUAACGGAUUGUUUAUUUUUCUUCAAAGAUGUAAUAGGAUUUGAUGGGAAACAAACCAAAGAAUUAUUUUUAAAGGCCCCUUAUAUUUGGACACUAAAACGAGCAAUCGUCCACGAACGAAUGGACAUCAUGUUGAUAGAUAUGAAAGUACCCCUUUCCGCUAUUGUUGCCCAACCUUCUGGAUUACAAUGCAGAGGAUUUAGACUGAAACAGAGACAUUUAUUCUUGGAAAAGUUGGGCAAAGCUCAGUACGACCCUACUAAACCUGGUUAUGUUUCAAUUAACGACAUAAGUAUUGGAAAUGAUGCCACUUUUUGCGAUAAAGUAGCCAAAACCUCAGUUCACACUUUCAAUUUGUUCUUAAAAACUUUGUAAUGUACCAUUUUAUUGUCACCUAACUAUAAGUUAAAUUAUUUUUGUUAUUUUAAUAAAGAAUUUCUUUACGAACAUAUAA